ACAAGACCGGCGUCCGCAGUUGGCUGUGCCUCCCAUUCUUGCGCAAGAUUUUGCGACGGCCUUACGAUUAUAUAUAACUUCUUUCUUCUACGUUCACACUUUUGAUUUUCAGAACAAAUGUCGCCAACAAGCCAAUACCCCCCAGCACAUUCCAGUCAACUACUAGCAGUUGAGUCUUCGAGCGCUCUUCAGUAUGGGUCUGCAGCACCACACACGACAGAUUCAUUUGGUCUUGACGAGGAAAUGCCUCCAGCGUACACUCCAUCUGCAGACACUUACCAUGGAGAGAGCACAGUAGAAGUCGGCCCUCGCAGGCCCUUCCAACAACAACCCCGACCUAGUCAUAGUCCAUGGCACAGACCCUCUUAUUCCCAUUCCUCCUCUCAUUCCCAUUCAUCUAAUACCACUUCCUCAUCAUCAAAUUCUCAGCCAUUGUCCCCAUCCCAACAGCGUCCGCAGCCGCUAACGUGGAGAGUCCCAAGCUCCUUUUCGGCGCCUUCUGGUCAGUCAUACCAGUCUCGCAGAGGGGGCGGCGGCCUGGUUGGAGCACUCGUUGGUACAGUGCUUGGUGCAAUGGAUUCUGUUUCGGCUCCAUAUUCAAUGUCUUCCUCUGGUAUGACUCAGAGCACUUAUACGCCGUCAUACCGGGGGGGUCAAGGCCCAGUUCUUGGGACGCCUUCUGUGCAUCAAACUCCUCCACGGGAUGUUCCGGAUGACGGUAGUCCCACUAGAACACCCACGCCUGGACACCCAUUGCUCCAUAAUGGACAAAUCCUCGUGUACCCCCAUGAGGAAUACACGUGUGUCAAAUGCAACAAUACGGGGUACAAGAAUUACGACCCCUCCCACCCCUGCAGAAAGUGCUGGGAGAAAUACGGAAAACCGUAUGCCGGCGCAUUGACAUACAUAUCCUGGGAUACCAAUUCGUCAUCUCAUAAAUCCAAGUUUCAGCGUGCUCUGCCGAGGUUCACCCCACCGCAGGCAUCAUCUCAGUCCUCAAGCUCAAGUCACACCAGUCGGUCGUCGCACGUUCCUCCACAGGCGCAUGCAAUAUACGUAUACAAUCCUAUAAUAGGCAUGGGCCAGACCCCGCCCGUCCCGCAUGCCAUUCCUGUGCGCCCAGGUGAUCCGCGCCUUGGGGGCCAAAUUUGCCGCAAGUGUGGUGGUUCAGGGACGCUGCCGCUCUUGAUCAUCGACGUGAGACCGUGCUCUGUGUGUGGCGGAAUCGGACGUAACUUGUGGUAGGUGCGUGUAUGAGAUGCUAAUACAAAAGGAUCUUGGUAUGGUACGAUACUGAUAUGAUAUACUAUUCACCAUGAUUGAUAAUACUUUCUUGGGUUACACACUUUCAUUUGUACCAGUAUGCGCAUUUAUCAUUGUGUACUUGUCCUCAAUCAAAAUUCAUGUUCUGGAUGGUCAUA